AUGGAGCCAAAGCUCCCCCAAGGUCUGGUGGCUAUGUCAAGUGUGUCACCCAGCGAGAUCUUGGAGCAGGAUACAUUAAGUAAUGGUGUUUACAAGAACCUUUGGCAAGCCUACUCGACCUCCUACCUAGCCAGCAAAAAUGAGACCGAACAUCGCCUAGAACAUCUCUUCUGGAGGAUAUGGGGUUCCAAACGACUCUCGAGCAGCAUAAAUGCCCAUACCCUAGAUCAUCUUAUCAUGCGCAUCAAGACACCGGCAGUAUUAGUCGGACAAAUGGUGACCGUCCCACGGUUGCCUGAGCCGGGCGACAAAGAAGAGGAGGUAAACACAAGUUUGUUCCACAUCGCACCAUGUCAACCCCAUAUUGACGAUUCAUGCAAGCCCAUCAAUGAGAAUCAGUCAGGCUGCGUUGCCGGAGCCUGUACUCCUCACCCAAUAUUGAAAAAGCCGCAGCCUCCACAGGUUGAAACACAUAAAGCAACUCGGUUGCUCCUUGAUACUCCCCUCGGCACAAAAAUAACACUCGACCCCUCCAACUCUCCAACUGCGAGCAUGGCUGAUGAACCCGCCCCCAAUUCAAGCAGCGUGGGCCUUCAGCGUCGCAAGAAGAAGAUGGAUGCCGGGUCUACUCUGAUGCCAGAGAAGCUUGGCAACCAGGGUUCCAAGAAGACAUCCAUAGCUGGUGAUUCCACUAUUAUUCCAGAGAACUCGGGCCAGCAAGGCUCCAAAAAGACAUAUCUUACUGCGACACGCACUGGACGAGGCCCACGCCGCCGCCCAGUCUUCAACCGCCGCAAGUCCUCGCAGACUUCCAUUCCGAAAGCCGCACUUCCCAUCCGCCGGCGCUCUGAGCCCACUACCAAGGCCGAUGGGGCCGACACUUUCUACGAAGACAGCUAUGUAGAGCUGGGUCUUUUGCAGCACCUCAGCCUCCGCGACGAGGAAGACCAGAUUGCGCGCGAUCUGGGCCGUGAGAUUGCGCCUGAGCCUAAGCCCGCCAAACCGUCUGUUCCACUAUUCGACGAUGAGUUUCUCGAUGAGCCUUCCGCUAUCGAGGUUGCGAAAGCAGCGCAAAAGACAUCUCCGGUUCCUUUUCCGAGAGCUUCCUCCCUUCGGCACCCGAUGCUGAGCCCUGGGGACUGCUGCAAGAUCACACCAUCAUUCGAUGUUAAGGAGAGCCAUCCCGAUAUGCCUGGUGGGCCGCAGCUUGCCUCACCUGAUGAUGUUGAGGGAGACUGGACGGAUAUCGAUGCUCUCGAUUCGACACUCCCUGUCCUGCAGCCCUUCAAGAACUUGGUCUCACACCAUGAGACUGUUGACCCAACCCUCCCGGCUGUGCAGCCUACUAUUGUCCCCGUUGUCAAGGAGGCUUCGUUGCUGACAUCUGCCAUGAAGGGGGUGAAGCUAUGA